AUGCGUAGAUGGAAUAAGACAGACGUGCCUUACUUCAUCCUUGUGGGCCUGACAGAUGCUGAGGACAUCCGGCUGGUGCUCUUUGUGCUGUUUCUGCUGAUCUACCUGGUCACCGUGCUGGGGAAUGCGGGCAUGAUAACGGUCAUCCGCCUGGAUGCCCAGCUGCACACCCCCAUGUAUUUCUUUCUCAGUCACCUGUCAUUUCUUGAUAUCAGCUAUUCAACUGUCAUCACACCAAAAACCUUAGAGAACUUACUGACUUCCAACAGGAAGAUUUCCUAUGCAAAUUGCUUCACUCAAAUGUGCCUUUUUGUGUUCUUUGGUGCUUCAGAAUGUUUUUUUCUCUCCUCCAUGGCCCAUGACCGCUACGUAGCCAUCUGUAAUCCUCUCCACUACCCGGUCGUCAUGUCCACAAGACGCUGCUGGUCUCUCGUUGUUGGGUCCUAUUUAGUAGGUUUCACUGAUUCUUUAGUCAUUAAGCUAUGCAUGAGGAAAUUACAUUUCUGUAACUCCAAUGUCAUUCAUCAUUUUUUCUGUGAUUCCUCUCCAAUGAUAGCCCUUUCUUGCACUGAAACCCAGGACACUGAAGUCAUGAUUUUCAUUUUUGCUGGCUCCACCCUCAUGAUCUCACUUAUUACACUGUCAGUGUCCUAUGUGUCCAUUCUCUCGACUAUCUUGAAAAUUAAUUCUGCUUCAGGAAAGAGAAAAGCCUUCUCCACCUGUGCCUCCCAUCUCUUGGCCGUCACCAUCUUCUAUAGCACCAUGAUCUUCAGUUACUUAAGACCAAGUACAUCCUACUCCCUGGGAAAGGACCAGGUGGCUUCUGUGUUUUACACUAUUGUCAUCCCCAUGCUGAACCCACUCAUUUACAGCCUCCGCAACAAAGAGGUGAAAAAUGCUGUCCUGAGAGUCCUGCAGAGGAAAGAGGGCUCCAGGCACUGGAAAUAG